AUGAAUACGGAUAUAGCUUCUGGUCUAGAAAAGAGACUUGCUGGCUCAGUCGACGUGAUUGUGGUGAAUCCACCUUAUGUGCCAACACCCGAAUAUGAAGUUGGAAUGGAAGAGAAAGGUUGGUUCUACUUAGUGACGUUAAUUUCAAAUUUCCCGGCAGAGAUUAGUCUGAUGAUGAGAGAAAAGGGUUACUCAGCGGGAAUUGUGGUUCAGAGAUCAACGGAAGAGGAGAAUAUCUUAAUCCUUAAGUUCUUGAUAGACAAGGAUGAGGAGAGCCAGGACAAGGAGAUAUCAUCAUCAUCGUUUGUUUCACAGUUUUCAAAAUCUAUAUCAUCGCUUAGGAGCAUACUUUGUGUCAACUAA